GGAACCCAUCCGGUGCCGUUGCCAUGGCGACCGCCCCCGUGUCCUGUCCGCCAGCCCGGUCGCGCCGCUCGCUGCCCGUCGCGAUGGAGGCGCCGGGGACUCCGGGCCGCGGCGGGGGCUCGAGGCCGGGCAGGUCGGCCCAGUACAGCACGGGCACCCGGGAGCUGCUGAGAGCGAUGAUGGAGGAGCUGAAGCUGACACAUUCCCAGAGGCGAUACCUGAUGGACUGUGUGAAACGAGGAAAUGCCUUGCCCCUCCAGUGGCCCUCCACAUCCAGCAAACAGCCAGUGCCUGCUUCCUCCCCACCAGCCUGUCGGCCAAGCAGGCUUCCAGCUAGACCACAUCUCCGACCUGCCAAGGUGUGCCAGGCAGGAGAUGCCUACACUCGAGAGAAGUUCAAGCCACAGCCCACACGAGAUUUGGAAAAGGAGAAGCAAAGACUUCAAAACAUCUUAGCGACAGGGAAGGAGGAGGUGGAGGAUGAGGUGGAACGGGUGCUGGUUCGGACAAAGGAAGAGGAGAUACCUGAGCCCGACCGGUUUGAAGAAUUGGUGAAUGAAAUUCAGGACAGGAGGGAAUUCCUGGCGCAGAUGGAAGCUCUAGGACAGGACAAGGAGUAUAAAGGGAUUGUCCUUGCUGAAAUCUCACAGAAAAUGCAUGAGAUGGAGAUCAUUGACAAGAAGAGAAGUGACGAAAUUAGAAAGACGAUGACAAAAGACUUCCCUCGUGGGAACAAAUCUGAUCUCCAUGACUAGGCCAAGGACAAAACACGAGUGCAGUUUGUUCCCACCUUUUCUUCCCAGACUCUUGGCAUCGGAGUCUUAAGGACUGGUCUUUUCCCAAAGAGGGGGCAGCACCAUCUGUUGCCCAGCGGGCAGGACCAAUUUGUACAUAAAUGGCAGCAGAAGUUGUUGUAAAAUCCUACCCACACACUGUAUCCCCUCUUGCUCAACAAUAUUAAAGACAUGGAACCACAUGGCAACCAAAACAU